CAGGCCUGGUCGUCUUCCUUGCAAUCAAUGUUUUCUGAAGAAACAUUCUUAACCAAAAUACAAAAUGUUUCUAUUACAGUCAAUGGGAAAAUGAUAGUAGACAUACCUAUUAAGGGGAACUAUAUAAACCGUGAUUAUUUAAAACGAAACAGGGACUAGGCUAUGGGGGAACAUAUCGAAUUACACGCUAAGGGUUGGAUCUCCUAAACCGAUAAGUAAAUUCGAAGGGUAGCUAAAAGGUUGGAGUACUCUGAAGAGAGAAAAGAUAUCACUUACGUAAACAACAAGCUACUUGGACUGAACUUUUGGCCGCGCGGAGCAACCAUCCCAUUCUCAGAGUUGGGAGCCCAACAGUAAACAUCCUGACAAGUAACAAAUUACUGUGGGCGUCAUAUUGUUAGUCUCUCUUGUCCACCAUAUACCAGCGAGCAAAUAUAUCAGAGAUUCUUCAGUCUCCCCUCUUUUGAGUGUGGGCAGCUUCAUCAACAGGCGUACUUUCCAACCUAUUGUCACCGCAAUUAACAAUUAGCCUUUUCCAUUUCCUCCUUUCCCCGAAGUCACCCAACUAAAGUUUUUAAUAGAUGUAGCCAACGCAAUCAUUACACAUUCGCGUGGGUCCUGGUCACGGUGGAGUGUGGAAGACAAAAUCUAUUAUUAUAUUUCCACAUACGUAUGUGGCGCUUAAAAUGGCUGAUCGGUGAUAUAAAGUGAUAUGAAGUGCGGUCAGAAGUCAGAAUAGAAUGUUAGGCUAUAUGAAGCACUCCAAUAAUGUGAUUCCGAUAGGAAACUGUACCUACAAUCCUAAUCAGUGAGAUAUUCUGCCAUCUCUCUUUUGGUCCAGGGUUACCAGAAGGUUUGCUGUCGGCCUAACCUCGUUUUUGUAACAGAUCAGCUCACUGAUUCAAUUAGAUAAGCCAAUGCAAGCUCGGGACCGAUCUGAAAACGAUGGCGUCACAUUGAAUCUGAGUGUUAAACAGAUUUCCACCCAAAAACAGGUAUUGGGUUCUGUGGUGGGCUCUUUUCGCUUGGAACAAACAUAUCUAAUAACAUUACGCAAUACAUUGCCGGCCAUGUUUGUUUGUAAUGCAGGCCAGGCAAUGGAAUAUACUGGAGCAGAUUUCAGCCAAAAUAUGUUUGCUCAGUGAGAAAAGGGCCUCCACCUCCCAUACCUCAACCCCGAUAGGCUUAAUGAAAUAGAAUUUUACACUUUAUAAAGAAUUAUAGGACAUCCAAGAAUUUGGAAGAAACUAAAUGGGGGAUAUAAUUCUAGAGAAUUGUUAGAGAACUCUUUAUUUCUUUCUCUGCCGGUUCGGGAGAGGCUUUUCAGAAGGGUUUGACAUAUACGUGCUGUUAUCAGAUUGAUGGGCCAGUUUGAUUGAAGUGGCUUUGUCAUGCAAAUGUCAGCCGCUUGAUGGAUGAUCGCAGUGCGCUGACAAACUUCUGGAGGUCCCCCUCACCAUUGGCGCCGUGACGUAUCACGUGACCAGCAGCUGAGGUAAGAAAAGUGUUAUAGGGAAGCCCGGAGUGACUGCUCAGGGAGGUGAGCUCUUCUUUUUUUUCUCUUCCGCAUGACAUACGGCCGAGAGGUUGCAGGGCAGGAGGAAUCCCCCGAAACGCAGGUUGACCCUCCGUCAUCAAUUUGCGCAUGGACAAUUCCAGAAUGAACUCUUUCUUAGAGUACUCAAUUUGUAACCGUGGGACGAACGCCUACUCACCCAAGUCCGGAUACCACCACUUGGAACAAGGCUUUGCGGGCCCUUUUCACUCGGGCUCCGGCACGAGUGACAGCUAUAACGGUGAUGGACGGCUUUACGCGGGGGGCAGCGCCCCGGCGCCGGUGCCACAACAUCAGCACCAAAGCGGUGGUUACACGCAUCAUCAGUCCCAGCAACAUCACGCCAACAUGGGCCUUCCUUAUGCCAGCCCAGGGACUGCGGGGUACGGGACGCAAGCUUGCGCGAAUCCGGACUAUGGACCCUCACAGUACUUCAUCAACGAACAGGACGGCUUGUACUAUCAAUCAUCGGGCUUCUCGGCCUCCAACGUAGGCCCCAACUACGGCUCCCUAGCCGCGGCUUACUGCGGGGCGCAGGGGGCUGUCCCCGCAGCACAGUACCAACACCUCGGCUGCGAGGGCCAGGACCACCAGCGAGGUUAUUUGCAAAGCAACUAUGUUGACAUUUCGGCCUCACGGGAGAGGGACGCAGAGCAAACGCAACAGGGAAAGACAUUCGACUGGAUGAAAGUAAAGAGGAAUCCCCCUAAGACAGCUAAAGUGGCUGACUAUGGAAUGGGACCUCAGAACACCAUACGCACCAACUUCACUACCAAACAGCUGACCGAGCUCGAGAAGGAGUUCCACUUCAGCAAGUACUUGACGCGGGCAAGACGAGUGGAAAUCGCCGCCACUCUGGAACUCAACGAAACGCAGGUGAAAAUCUGGUUCCAGAACCGCAGAAUGAAACAGAAGAAGCGCGAGAAAGAGGGCCUAGCUCCCGCCUCAGCCUCGAGCACGGGUUGUUCCAAGGACCUGGAAGACAACUCAGACCAUUCCAACUCCACAUCUCCUGGUGCGUCUCCCAGCUCUGAGACAUAAGUGGACCAAAAAAACUGAAACUCCAUGCACUAAACUUCAAACUGAUGAUCUCGAAUGCGAACAAAAACGUCAAAUGAUGAGGGUAACUCAAAUACCCUCAUGUUUGGAUAUUCCACUCGUUAUGCAAACCGUCUGUAAAAGGGCAGUUUAUAAUUUAAACAAAAGUAAUUGCACAAAACGAGGUGACGAAAGCACAAAUGUGGAUUAUGUGCGUAAAACAUUUCUAAACUAUAGACUUUUUUUGCCACCAUAAGCAAUCUGUUUGGAUGUACAGUGUCGUAAAUCUAAAUACCCACAACGAUGGGACUUGGGGAGUGAUGCACUUUCGCAUGUUUACAAAUCUCAUAGCGAGCCGUAAAAAGAUGGUUUUACAGGGAGCCUAUUGGCAAAAUAUUAACGUCUUGUGGAAAGUGUUUAUAUUUUGUAGAAUAUCUCUGAAUGUAUUUUUUGUUGUUCUUGUUCCUGUUUGUAUAGUGGUUUUGACAUCAGGAAACCGUACGGUAGAAAGGGUUAAUGUUUCACUCUCUGCACUACGAUUACAGGGUAUUAGUUUACGCGUGUAUGUUGUGUGUGUGUGUGUGUGUGUGUGUGUGCGUGUGUGACUUGGCCAAUGAUCCUCAAUUAAAAUCGAAAUCGAAAUAACACAAUUAAAAACAGGUCUCUGGAUUACCCCCUCUGAUAAUAUCAACACUUGACGUGAUAUAAACAUAUACUGAGAAUGACAUAAGGUUACGCUAUCUAAAAGUAUUCAUGGAAAUUACUGUGUGUAUUUAGAUUAUGAAAUGGGUUCAUUGCAACUGUUGACACCUGCCUAAGUGGGGGGAAAAAAACUAUUUACUUUUGAAUAGAGAGUUUUGGUGGUAUAUGCAGUGCUUCAAACAUGGAAUCAUUCGUUUAGUGUCUUGGGAAAACUAAAUUCUAAAAGUUAGUUUUAUUUAAGAAAGUUAGACGUAGAUUUCAAGACAUUAAGCGUAAUUAUAAUUAUUUGUACGUGCAGAUUGACUGAGUUUUAUUAGUUAUGUCUGUUUUACACGU